AUGGCCGAAGGAGUAGUUUCCGAUAGCUAUUAAUCACUAAAUUAAAAAAAAAUUAAUCUACGUGAACUUUUUUGUGUUUGAUAAUAAUAUAUUUUUCUUUACGUAUAUACACUAUUCGCCAGCAUGGAUAAUGCAACAAAUUGUGGUUUAACAUCUCUUUAUAUGCGCUUACAAACUUUUUCCUUGUCUCCCCUACCGAACGAUUAUAAAUUCUCAAAUUCUCCAUUGAAAUUAGCAGAAGCAGGAUUUGCUCGACCACUGACGAAAGGUAAAGAUCUGACUGAUCAAGUUGAAUGUAGUUCAUGUGGAGUGAAAUAUGAAGGAUGGUCUGGAGAAUCUCCUUUGGCUGUACAUCGUACACUAAAUCAUAAAUGUGCUUUUCUCAACACUCCACCACCAACAUUUUCCACAACAUCUUUAUUUUCAAAUCAGAAGAAUGUAUCAGAUUGGAUUCAGAAGCAUUCAAUCUACAAUGAAAAUUGUGGUAGUGAGCCUCAGGCUUGGGAUGAAACUGUAUCACCAUCAAAAGCGAACAUUUGUAGUGCAUUAGACAUUCAGCAUCCGUUUCUUCCAAAGGAAGGCGGCUAUUUGAUGUUAUUUGAGAGUCAUAGAUUGCUUACUUUCAAAAAUAUUAUAACGCCUGAUGCAGCCACAUAUGCGGAAUCUGGUUUUAUCUAUGAUGCUACAAGUCGAGAAGUAAUAUGUGUGUUCUGCAACAUCAGAUUUGACAAUCAGUCAAUCAACAUUUUAGAUUUAGAGUCUAAACAUGCAGAAAAAUCACCUCGUUGUCCAUUUGUGCAAUUGUAUGAUGUUGGUAAUAUUCCUAUUAACGCUGAGAGAAUGAUUCGAGAAAAGGUUCGUGCAAAACAUCUCAAUGACAUCAGAAGCCCCAAAGCUAGUUCAUUAAAAAUGAAAUGCGUCAUUAAACACCCUGAAUUUGAAGAAAUAUCUGCAAGAUUGGGCACUUUUAAGACAUGGCCUAAGUUAAUGGCAGUUAUAUUUCCAGCAAGUAUCAUGGCAGAAGCAGGAUUUUAUUACUCAGGCUUUAUGGACAAAGUGAAGUGUUAUGCCUGUGGUGUUGGUCUCUUCAAUUGGACUCAAGAUGCUGUUCCAGUAACACAACAUGCAAAGGCUUCUUCUCAGUGUGUAUUCUUAAUGCAGACAAAAGGGAAAGAAUUCAUUGAUCAAGCUCAAAAAGAAAUACUUAAGGUAGAAGCAGACUAUGAAGGAGCAUCACAGUCUCAAGAACAAGAUUCAUCUUUGUCUUUAGAAUCAAGUUUAUCAUCAUCAUCAUCAACAGCAGCAUUAGUACCAGAACCUUCAGUUACAUCAUCUUCAGCGUCCACUCCUGUGUCCUUGGGGUUAGACCUGGAAGCAAUCAAGGCAGCCAUGGCAUGUCAGUACACCCAAGAGCAAAUAGCUCAUGCUGUCAUCAAAUUCUUUAACUUAACUAGUGGAAAUUAUCCAAAUACUCAUUUGCUGGUUGGACUCCUGAAGGCAGCAGAUGAGAAUUACCUGACUCUCUGUGAGAAAAGUCAGGAAAUCCAGGAAAGCAAAGUGAAAGAGGCAGCAUACCAACAGGAAAUACAAGUCACCCGAACACAGCUCUAUGUCAAGGAUCAAGAAAUCCAAGCCACUAAAUCAGAGUUGCAGCGCACUGCUUUUGAAUUGCAGUGGAGGGACUUGGAAGUUAGGACUGAGUUGGAGCAGCAGUUUGUGGGACAGAUACAACAGCAGAAAGGGAUCAUAGAACAGAAAGAUCAGGUGAUUGAAAGAAAAAAUCAAGAACUAGAGCAAAACUCCAUACAACUUCAGAUGAAAGAUAAAGAAUUAGAAGAUCUUCAAAGGCACAUCAAAUCUUUGAGAGCAGAAUUGGAGCGCAGAGAACAGGGAAUCAAUGGAAGUGAUGAUGAUGAAGAUUCCCUGUCUUCCUCGGAUGCUGAAAAUUCAUCAGAACCUGAUACUUCUUCUUCAGAGGAAUUCCCAGUGGCUAGCUGUAAAGUCUGCCUUGUUCAACCAUCUCAGAUUGUAUUCUUACCUUGCAAACAUCUGUGUUGCUGUGACACCUGCGCCUCCAGGCUAAUGGGCCAAAAUUGCCCUAUCUGCAGGGAGCGAAACAUGGGAUUUGAAAAAGUAUAUGUCAUGUAAAAAUGUUUUUUUUUUAAAAUGAGUACCCAGUUAAAUCUCUUUAGCCCUUAUUAGAUGCCCCCCUUUCCUUGCGCAAGACAAGGCUGUGAAAAGAAUGAGAUUUGAAAUGUAUGAAUUUAUUAAUUUAAUAUUUUGUUUUUGUUUUAUUAGUCAAAUUGUGACUUUGUGAUAUGUUUACAAGUAUUCCUUUUAUUCAAAAAAAGUGGAUAAUUUAGACAUCAAUUAUUUAUUUUAUAUUUAAAAAAAAAACAGAUUCUUUAGUUUUAUUUAUGUUUCUAUAGGCUUACAAUUGUACCAACAACUCUUGGAACAUAUAAAACAACUGAUCUGAGUACUGACACUAUUAUUAGAAAAUCUCAUUGAAUUAAGGAAAUCUCUUUUCAGCAAUUUGAGCAUAGACAAAACAAAAUUAUUUUGUUGUGUGCAUUGACUUAAAUCUCUCUACAGCCAUAACCACUCUAUGCUUUAAUUGAGAUUAUGGGAAACAUCAGUAAGUGACCCUCUAGUCAUGCAUAUAUCUUCACUUUUAUUUAUCAUCAUUUUAGAACUAGUAGAAUCACCAUGUUUCAUUAGUGAAUAUCUCUUCUGUCUCCUUAUUUUAUAUUUCUUGUGAAAAAACUUGAAAACUCUUAACGAAAGCAUUAUGAAUUGAUAUUUUAAGAUUUAAAUCAAGCAAUACUGUUACUUUAAAGUAAACUUGAAUCUCUUGUUUCUUUCUUUUUCAUAAUUAAGAGUCAGAUAGAGAUUCCUCAUACCUGCAUUGGUUGGUAAUUAUUGUAUAGAUUUUUAUAUGUAGCACUAUAAUUUGAAAACAAAGAAGUUUCCACUACCUGUGAUGAGUUAGCUGGACUUGGUUACAGUGAUCCCGUCUUGAGAAAGGCUGAAAUUUGGUUAGGUUUAUAACUCUAUUGAAAGUUUCACCUCUUAUGGGUAAAUAGAUUUAAGUUAUGAAAUUGAGUCAUUAGUUUGUGGCCUAAAUGAAAUAAGAAAUAUCCUCUACUUCUUUAAUAUUGUAUAUUUGUAAUUCCUAAAAAAAGAGACUUUUUUAAAGAUUCUACUUGACUUGGUCAAAAUUUUGAGCAGGUUUCAAUGUUUCACAGAAGUCUGAAUAAUUAAAUUUCUCCAGUGCAUUUCUUCAUUGGUAAUUCUCGUUUUUUUUCUUUCAUGAGUCUUGGUUAUCUGCAGGUAAACUUGGAAUGAACCAAUCACUUGGCAUUCUGUUUCUUUUUUAAUACUAAUAUAAAUGUUUAAUUUUUUUUUAGAAUAAAACCCUCCUUUGCACAUCUCUAGAAUGAGUGUUAAUGGUUGUCUGAAUUUGUUGGACAGUUUCUGGUUGUUGAGGUAGUCUCUGGUUAUAAUGAUUGAAUUGAUAAUCUCGAGUUAUUUUUAAUACUUUUUUUCUUGUCAGUCUCUGGGUGGGUAUGACAGUGUUCCUGGUCUCUUGGUUGUCUCUCACAGACUGGCCUGGACAAAUAUCCUCAAGUGGCUUAAAAACUUGAUCAGUCAGUGCAAUAAUAUCAAUUUCUUCGGCAGCGUUUCUUAAACUAUGUUUGCCGGCUCUUGUUAACUCAUUAACAUUGGAGAAAGGGGAACCAUUCUUUUAUGAAUUAUUCAUGUUUUUUUCUUUUCAGUUUUUUUUUGUUGGAUAAAAAGUUGAUUCCAUAGUCAGUAAAAUUCAUUUGACUCAAAGGUCAGUCUAUGGGUCGAUGAUUUUCAUUGUUUGUUGAUGAAGACCUGAGGGGUCAGUUAAGUGCCAUGUUUGGCCCUUGCACGAGGCAAGAGUACGUGAACUGAGUCUAGUUUUGAAAGUCAAUGUGCAAGAAGCUGUUGUGAUUGUGUUUUUUUUCCCCCUCCCUUUUGUUCUAACUUUUGGCAUGUUUAUUCUAGCAGAACAAAUGUGAGCCCUAUUGAUAGUCUAUACCAUUGUCUUUCUAAAUACAUAUCCUAAUGGCGUUGAGUACAUACCUGGUAUUACAUGUCAGCAAGGCACCGGAGUCAUGUCUUUGCUUGUUCCUAAAUGGGGGACUGAUGGUGCUAUAACAAUGUGUUUUUUUUUUAAUUGUUUGAGCAGCACAACAUGAUGUAAAAACAAGUUUUAACAGUCUUGUACAUUUAUAUUUUUAAAUUAUACUUUAUAUAUAUAUAUAUACAUAUAUUUAUAUAAUACUUCAUUACAUAGAAAUCAUCAUUCAAUGUCUUUCAUUUAACUCUAUUCCCUCCUGUCACACACAGAAUAAAAAACCCCCAGAAAAACGAACACUCACUUGAUUUAUUCUUUAGAUCUAAAGCAUUCUCAGGAAAUGGAAGAAAGACAAAUUAAACAAGCUGAAAUUGUGUUUCCUACGAACACAAAUGCAAAAAAAAAAUAAAAAUUCCCCACCAAAAAACUUAACACAACUUUUAAAAAGGAGAAACAAACUAGCAAUACUUUGUAUCUUAGUUCAAACCACUUGUUUGCUUUUUUUUAACCACACAUUCUGAGUAUAAAGAUGUUUGUUUUUGUUUUGGUUCCUUCAUGGUUUUAUUUUUUAGAGAGUGCCUUUUGGUUUGCUCAUCUGCAUUUAUUCAUCAUUGUCUUCCUCUCUGCAUCAAUCACAGAAUGUAGUCAUUUAAGAAAGAUUUGUAUGUCAUGUAACUGAAUAAUUGUCUCAAGUUUUUUCUUCAGGGGCACAUGAUCAUCUUUCAAGCUUGAUGACCUUCUUAGAACAAAAUAUGUCUGUCAGUUUUCAUCAAAACACUAGUCUUGGCUAUUUUCACUGAUCUUUAUUACCUGUCUGGCCCUAGUUCUUCGUCAAUUUCAGUCUCAAACAUUUUUGACUAGAUUGACACACGGAUAUACAUUGGAUGUAAUUAUCUUCUCUUUUGAAGUAACGUCUGUAAUUUAUAAGAUAACUAAAGCAACUUUUUAUCCGUCAAGCUAAAAUAGAAUGAUGCUAAGCAUGAUGCCAAUAAAACCUAUAUCUGUCAAAUACAAUGUACUUUUAUAAGAUCUGUUAUAGCAUAAAUAUGUAUAUAGCACUAAAUUUUGUUAAUUGAAAAAACAAACAAACUUUUAAAUCAUAACUUUGAAAAAAAAAGUUGAACUCCCAUUUUAAUAUAACAAUUUUGUCAGCAUUUAUUAUUUCUUUAAAACCAAUCAUCUCACCAAAACUGAAAAACAUUGUUAAAGUUAGACUAAGGAAAUUUCUCUUGUUUCUAGCUGUUGGUGAAAGAAAGAAAUGUACAUUUCUUCUUACAAAUUUUGAACACUGGUCUUUCCCUUCCUGCUCAACCUAGUAAUUUGAUCCCUGAGUUACAGAAACCAAUUCAUGGGUUUGAUCAAAUGAAAGGAAGAUAAGAAGAAUAACAUUAUGAAACAGACUUUAAAGUCACAUUUAUUUGUUAUCUUUAUCACUCUCCUUCUCAUUGCAGCCCCACUUCCCUUUUAAUUGCAGUCCCACUUCCCUUUUAAAGUAUAGUCCCAUUUCCCUUUUAAUCAGGAUAAAUAGUCAUGUACUUUUUGUCAUCAACUUUUGAUGUUUUUCUGUGUAACUUUGUUGAAGUUACUUUGGUGAGCCUACAAAGUUAUUAACCUGUAUUCUACAGUGACUGUCAGCAUAGAAUCGAUAUUCUGUCAUGCAAAAAUUCAUUGCUGUCUAUCCCAUCAACCUUAGAAUCUACUUUAUUGUCUACCUUCAUUUUCUUUGUUCGUCUUUUAGGUGCCAUCUAUGAUUGAAAAUAAAAAUCUGUUAGGUCUGCUAAUAUUUUUUUUCUUUGGGAUUAGCAAUGAUUAGCUCCAGCAGUAGCUAGUCCACUGAACUUGAAAUGUUCUAACACAUUUUGAUACCUUCUAUUUAUGCUGUUUCUAGAUGAGGGAACAUUUCUUAUUCAUAAGCUACGUCUUUCCUAGUGUCAUCAGAACAUGGAAUGGCUUGCCAUAACCAGACAUGAAAACCAAUGACUUAGAAUUUAAGUCUCAUAUUAACAUGCACGGCUAAGACAAAAAUCUUCUUUUCGGAAGAAAUGCCUGUGAAUUAUACAAUAAGAUAGAGUGUUAUGUUGGAAACUAAACAUGUUCUCAUGUUCUCAAGCCAAAUUUCUAUUUGUAUAGAUCAGUGAUUUAGCUUCCAAUUUGCAUAUCUUCCUUUUCCUCAUAUACGUUGGGUGUAAAAAGAUAUAUAUUUGUUAUUUAAGUCAAGAAAAGUUGAAAUAACAUUUGUGAACCAAAAGUUUGUUGAACCUGAAGGUUUUAUUUUAUGAAUUUGUAUUUCUGCAAUGAUUUCCAUCUACAUUUUAAACAUUUCUUUGCUGCAGUGAUGACUACAGAAGUGUGAAUACAACCUCAUAACUAUCUAGGAUUUUCUGAAAUGAUUUUGUGAACUUAAUUAGUUGAACUUUGUGAUUCUAUAUCCUGCUUUGGUUCUGAUACAAGUUAAGAUAAAAUUAAGUCAUGUUAUUUUAUAAAAUACAGACGUUAUUUCAAAAAGAUGAUUACAUCCUACAUGUGUCCCUAAGUCAGUCAUUAUCAUCAGAGAAAUAUAUUUGGCCUUUUUAAAUUAAUUAAAAGUCCCAUAAAUAUAUUUUGGCCUUUUAAGAAUUAAAAAAAAAAAGUCCCAUUGUAUUUAUUAAAAUUUCUAUUAAACAAAAAAACAAAACAAAAAAGUACUUUAAAAAAUAUAUAAUCAAUUUAUAAAAUGCUAAUUCAUAUUUUUUUAAUUUGUGUAACCUAAUAAUUUCCAAUUAAGUCAAAUCAUAGUCGUGUCAUCUUGAAUCAAUUAAAAUAACUAACCCAUAGAACUUGUUUUGUUAAAAUAACCAAAACAACCCAAAAACUAUUUCCUUUGUUCUAUGAGCUUUGGUGAGAUGAUUGUUUUAUACUUUCUUGGUUUUCUGUCUCUUCUUUAGAAUGACUUCAUCUUCAAAAAUUCUCUAGUUACCUGCUUGAACAUGAUUAUCUAAAUGUUCUUUUAAUAUUGUAUUAGUUUUAUUCAUUCACCUUUUGCUUAUAGGGUAUAAUUGUAAUACACAUACCUUUUUUUCCAAAUUCUUUAAUAGAACAUUUGAAAUGUCUUUUUAGCUACUUUGACCAGGAUUAAAUUUGGCUAAUUUACAACUUUGACUGACUCCAAACACUUUUUACACUGUUAACACUUUUACUACUUUGUUUUUCAAAUACAAAAACAACCCUUUGAAAAAUGUCUAGAAUAUUAUAAAAAAAAAAGAAAAAUAAGAACAUACAAACAAAUGAUGAAAUCUAAUAAAGCCUUUGUUUUUCAUCCACACUAAGUUAAAUUUCAACAAAAUUAUCAAUUCCUUUGAUUUGGUCUAUUUCUUACUUAGAGGUCUGCGUUAAUAUUUAGGCUUGCUAUUAUGUGAUGGAAUUCUUUCUGGGCACAGAUCAUGAUACUUUCCCUUAAUAAAGAGCAGUUGAUCAAGAGUCCAAUCUUAUUGCUAUUCAUUAACUUUGCUGAAGCUAGAGAAAUGUAGGUACACUUGGUAUGGCUGCCUUGUCAUGUGGUUUGGCCUCCUAUUGUCAAGACGGUCCUGUAGUCAAACCCUGCCUGUCACCAUCCUGUGCUUUCCUGCAGCAGAUUUCUGCUUCAUUUCUCAAAGAACUUUCAAGUCGAGUCACUUCUGUCAAGUUAUUCUCUUCUCUUAUAAUUUUGUAACAGUAUUAGAAGUAAUAAGACAUAAAGAAUGAAAAGUGUACUGUCCUUCACUUUUUUUUUUGGUGUGGUUCUAAACAAAUGCUUCAUAUGAUCAUUGUAUUUUCUUGUUUCAAUUUCAUUUCAUUAUAAAUUUCUUUAAGUAACACUAUAGACAAAACUACAACAGGCCUACAGGAAUGAGAUUACACAUUGAAACAUAAGAUAACCACAUAAUCCAAGAUGAAGACAUUUCCUGUUAUGUCACAGAAUAUACAAUGAGAUUUCUUUUAUCAUUCUUAUACCCUGAGAAAAAAUUCUUUAUUAAGACUUGAUUCUUUGUUUAAAUUCUGUAUUCCUAGUUUCUGCUUUUACCUUCAGAUCAUCUGUUUUAAUUUUUUUUUUUCCCCAAAUACCUUUCUAUGGUUAUUCAUCAAUCAAGCUUCUGUGUUUUCCAAAUGUGCAUAAAAUAUUUUCUAAGCAAACUUUGUUGAAGGCUAUUCUUAUUCUUGGCUACUCAUUUAAAUCUAUAACCUAAAAUUCAGUAUCAUCAGUUUAAUUUUUCUUUUUUUUUUUAAUUAUAAUACACCAUGUGUUCUUGGCCUAUUCAGAUUUUUCCUUUUGAAUCCAUGCUGGCCAAAACAAAUCUUUGGAUCACUCCUUUUGUUUCUAUAGUAGGCUACUUAGGAUGGGCAGGCAUCAGCAGGUUAAGAAAUGCUGUUCUAAUCUACCAUUGAUGUGAGCAGUUAUACUUAUCUCAAUCUCUGCUGGAGUUAGAGGAGAAUGAAAAAGGAACAGUUAGGACAUUGGUUUCUAUGUGGAGGUCAGGGUAGCUAGAGUUAUUUUAUCAUCUUUCCUUUAAAUCACUGCCACCAUUAAACAAAAAACAUUUCACCUGGAUCAUAUACAUUUUCAAUUAUUUCAGUUUUAUAAGAUUUUCUGUUUGUUUCCUUUCUUGGAAUGCUGAUCAGUGAUGUAGCAAAGUUACUCUUACUUUACUUUGAUAUUAUUGUUUCAUAAAGCUUGAAAACUAUAACAGAUAAUAGGUGUGUCUUUCUUUGCAUACUCAUUCAUUCAGUUUUUUGUUUAUCCUCAUACUGUAGAAUCAUUUUAUUUUAGGCUGAUAAUAUUUCAUUAAUUUGACAUGGCAAUUUCAUUGAAUAUGCUUGCCCUACAGGUUUGAAUUCUCAGAAAAUCAAGUACAACAUUAAAAAGAAAAUAUUAGUUUGUCAUUUAAGUUUUCUUAUUUAUUUUUGGUUUCUUGAUGGAAUGAUACAACUAGGAUGUUUACUGCCAGAUGUAACCUGCAAAUAAUAUGUAGCUUUGAAGAUAUCUGAAAUCUGGCAUGGGAAGUCUUCAUAAAUUAAAGUUUGCCUUAUUUCCCAUUUUUGUUCAAGUCUUAGAGGUUAUAACCUAUCUUCUAGUUAUGUAAUGUUAUGCAUGUAUACAUUUUUAAAAAUAUGCAUUUGUUAGUAAUCAUGCUUACUUCUUAGGAAUCUGAAUUUUUCUGAAAAAGGUGAGUACUCUCUCUAAUCUUUAGUCUACAUAUGAACACUUUCUGUUUCCUCUACAAUAAUGCUUUCUAGUGAACUCCAAUACAAGUUUGAAAAUUUUUGAUAAUUAUUAGAAAUACUUUUGUCAAUUGUAUAUUUAAGAGCAUUAUUAGUUAUUAAAAACAACCAAAAAAACAAAACAAAAACAAAGCAACAGUCUGAAUGUAUAAAAUAAUAAGAUACACUGCUCAUAUCAUUGGUGGUUAAAAAAAAGAUUACAUUUUUUUAAAUUUUUUUUUACAAAAUAUGAGUUUUAAAAUUGCACUACUUGAUCUGUUUAUUCUUUUGUCUUUCUAGUCUGACUGAUCAAACAAACUAAUCAAUUAUUCGUCUACAUCCUUUUUUCAUUCUUCAAUAAUAAAUAGACUGCUGGGCUAGUAACAGUUUGCAAACAGUCAUUUUCUUUUGACCUUUCUCUCAUUCUUAUAAAAAAUGUAAUUUAUUAAGAAAACAAAAAAUAUGUAAGUUGGUUUCAAAAUGUUCCAUGCAGCUGGUUUGUGUAACAUAUUUUAUGAUAUCUGUAUAUUCUGAGGUGCCUUCACAAACAAAUACAUCCAUACAAUGAAUUCUUAGCACAAAUCAUCCGAAGCAUAUUUUCAGACAAUUCACAUUGCUGUUUUCAUGAGAAAGGAGUUUGGACUUAGGAGAAACACAUCAAGGAGAAAAGGAUUUGGUUGUUUCAAACUCUUAAGCUGAUUAUUUCCUGCAAUUUUGUGGCAACUAUAUGUGUUUGUCUCUCUUGUUUUAUUGUUCCGGGAGAUUUAACUCUAGAAGUUUCUUGGGUUCAUUGUGACAUUAACUCUAGGAAUAGUUUCUUGAGUUCAUUGUGACAUUAACUCUAGGAAUAGUUUCUUGGGUUCAUUGUGACAUUAACUCUAGGAAUAGUUUCUUGGGUUCAUUGUGACAUUAACUCUAGGAAUAGUUUCUUGGGUUCAUUGUGACAUUAACUCUAGGAAUAGUUUCUUGGGUUCAUUGUGACAUUAACUCUAGGAAUAGUUUCUUGGGUUCAUUGUGACAUUAACUCUAGGAAUAGUUUCUUGGGUUCAUUGUGACAUUAACUCUAGGAAUAGUUUCUUGGGUUCAUUGUGGUUCUCUUGUGCUGUAUUUCCAAAACAAAAAUGAUGAUGGUUCACUAAGUAUUAUAAUUAGAAACAGCAUCUAGGAAAUUUUCAUAUUGAACAAAAAAAAUUUAACACAAAUUUUUAAACAUCUUUUGAAUUGUUAGCUUCUAAUACUUUCUGACCCUUGAAUUCUUCCUAGAAUUAUCCUAAAAAAUUACUCAAUACAUACUUACAGUAGUCUAAACCUCUAUUGGGUGUGAGCUGCCCGCAAUGAAAUUUCAGAGUCCUCUUUCUUGUACUGUCCUCUCCAGUUAGUUUCAUAUGCAAUCUAUCCUUUUAAUGCCUGUACCAGUUCCUAAUGCCAAUUGGCUUCUUUGCCAGCCGUAUUUCUUCCUUUUGCUUACAUUUCCCACAUCCGUGACUGUUAGUAAAUUGGUGUCGUCUUUAGUCCAUGACCGCUCAUCUUCUUUACUCUUCCUCAACAUGAGAUCCAAGUUCUUAUUGCUGAAUUGUUUCUGGCCUGCACAUCUGGCUCAUUGUAAGGCAGCUUAAGAAAUUAUCUCUCUCUUAGCAUAGUCUUAAUGAUCCAGUCCUAAUACUAACAAAAUUAUCUUUAAACUUCUUCCUCAAUGAGUAGCUUUCUUUCCCUCACACAAAGUAUUAAGGAAGCUAAACAAUUCAUAGAAAACAAAGUUUUAUUUCUUUUUUUGGACAUCAUCACUUUUCUGAUUUGUUUUAUUUUGAAGCAAAGUUAGUCAUAAAGCUGAAUCAGUUGUUCCAAUUGAGGAAAUCUUUUUGUUGUGUGUGUUAACAGCCAAGGAAUAACAGAAAAGUGGAUUUUGUAAAGUUUCUUUUUUUUUUUGGUUAGCUCAAGCUGAAAUUACCUGGCAGCUAGUUAGGGUGGUUGAAUGGGAGGUUGGCCAGCAUGGCUAACAACUUCAGUCCUGAGUCAGGGUGGAUCAUUGCUAGCCCUGCCACUUGGCUGAUCACCAGGGUGGAGCCUUUGUACUCUUAUACUGCUUACUACAUUUUAUAUUAGCCAUCCCUACAUUGACUGACUGCACAUCACAGUUCUCCUCAAAAUAUUUUUAAAAUACACAUAGUGUUCCCUAUCACUUGUGAAAUUACAACUGAUGGCAGUUUGUUCAGUAUACAUAUAGCAACCUUGUCCUUCUAUAUAUUGUCCUAACAAUUUUUGUAAUAGUGUGUGAAGUUUUUAUUCGUAAUAUGCAUACUGUUUGACGUUAAAUCAACAUAUUUAUAGAUUUUUUGUUUCUUAUUCUUAAGAGCUAGAAAUUCUUUCAUUAGUAUGUUUCCAACUCAUUUGUCUCAACACUAAAAUCUCAGGAUUUGACAAAACUAUAUUUGCUUCUAGUUUGUUGACAGUAAAAUGUAUCUUUGAUCUGAGCUUACAGAUCUUACAUUUCAUAUAUAUAACAUUGUUUAUUUCAUUUUUAUGUGUUUUUUUUCGUUUUGUUGGAAAAACAUAGCAUUUAAAAAUAAUUAACCUAUACUGACCUAUAAACUUAACCGUAUGGAACAAUUUUGUUAGUGGAUGGAAACAAUAGUUUCCCCUUUCAUAAUCUUGUGUGUGUGUAUGUUGUCUUAGAAUACUUUCCAUGUGUUGACAUUUAAAACUCCUUCACUAGCAAAGUUCACAUUUUUGUCAACAUGGAGGAGUUAAUUUUAUGUUCCACCAUGUUCUGUUCCACAGUUAUGGUCAUGUUCCAUCAUGUUCUGUUCCACAGUUAUGGUCAUGUUCCAUCAUGUUCUGUUCCACAGUUAUGGUCAUGUGCCAUUAUGUUGUGUUCCACAGUUAUGGUCAUGUUCCAUCAUGUUCUGUUCCACAGUUAUGGUCAUGUGCCAUCAUGUUCUGUUCCACAGUUAUGGUCAUGUGCCAUCAUGUUGUGUUCUAAAGUAAUGAUGUGCCGUCAUGUUGUGUUCUAAAGUAAUGAUGUGCCGUCAUGUUGUGUUCUCAAGUAAUGAUGUGCCGUCAUGUUGUGUUCUAAAGUAUUGGUCAUGUGCCAUCAUGUUGUGUUCUAAAGUAAUGAUGUGCCGUCAUGUUGUGUUCUAAAGUAAUGAUGUGCCGUCAUGUUUGUUCCACAGUUAUUGUCAUGUGCCAUCAUGUUUGUUCCACAGUUAUUGUCAUGUGCCAUCAUGUUGUGUUCUACAAUUAUUGUCAUGUGCCAUCAUGUUUUUUUUUAUUAAACAUGUGUUUAAU